AUGAACACAUUGAAAGGUUUCGAUUGUGAUAAUGAACUCGGUUACUGUGAGUAUUACGUUCAAAAAGCACUGCUUUCUUCGGAUCCUCAUACAACCAACGAUUAUAUUUUGAUGAUUAAUCAAGAAGUUGCUCGUUCAUUAGCUUAUUGGAAACCUGGAAAAGACACCUUUAUCACAGUUGAAACGCGCAAAACUGCUUAUGCUGAUGUUAUUUGGGAUAAUGGACAGUUUUAUGGUGUUGAUGUUCGAGGAAACGUUGUAAUUUUGGAUUUUAGAGGAGGAUUAGAACCAACUAUUGGAAGGAUAGUUAAAGGAGUGCCUUCUGAGUUUAUCAGUGGAAUGCAACUCUACAUUGUGCAUUCUCGAGGUGAACUAUUUGUAAUCACUCAAGAUGGAAUUUGUAACCAUCCUGAAACUAAGACAUAUGGUGUUCACAAAUUUGUUGUUAGCAAAGUUGAUGUUGAUAACGAGAAUGAUGAGGAGGUUGUUGAUGAUUUGGAGAACAUAUCACUCUUUUUGGGUUUAGUGCGUCUUUGGCCGUUGAAUAGUACGCAAGGCUAA